GAAAUGAUGAGUUGCCGCGGCUGCUCGGAAAGGCAUUCUGCAGCCUUGCUUCAGUCACGUGCCAAUAACGCGGACGUCUCCAGUCACGUGGUUAGGACAACAAUGCAAACGCGAACUUUGGUGGAGGCAGUCGUCGGCACGUGACAGGUGCUGAGUCAUCUUCGUACCGAGGUACCCUCGAGGCCCUGCGUCUCCGCCGUACUUUCUCCCUGCCUUCCGCGAUGCCUGAGCCUGAAACGGGCAGGAUGUGCAUGACCUGAUUGAUCCCGCUGCUGUUGACGCCAGCCGGCCGUAGGAUAGGAUGGACUCGGCAGCAGACAAUCAGGCCCAUUUCCGUGUUGCGACGGGUUCCGCUACCAGCGCUCAGCAGCCAAAGCCAACACGGCGGCACCCGAGCCGAGCCUGUAACGAAUGCAAACAGCAAAAGUUGAGAUGCAGCGCCCCUACCGACUAUCCAGAUCCUUGUUCUCGAUGCAAGAAGCUGGGUCUACCUUGUAGAGUCGAGGAUGGCUUUCAGCGCGUGAACAAACGCAGGAGAACGGAAGCCCUGUAUCAGGAGAAUGCCACGCUCAGACAGCAACUUGGCGCAAGCCGCUCUCCCCAGGAAUCGGCGAACGAGCAGACCAGUCAAGAUGGCAAUCAGUCGCUGGCCCAUGAGCGGCCAGAAUCAGGACUUCUCUUGUCAGCACCAUUCAUGGGCAGCGACGACCCAGAUCCAGCAAAUGUCUUGCGCAGACCUUCUGCCACGGAAGCAGAGUCGAAUUUCACCACGACUUGGGAUCUAUCAUUCGCCAAGCCGACGGCACACCCCUCUUCCAACACCACUGCCACCUCAUCUCGCUCGCUUGCGGGCAUAACAGUUGAAGCGACUGAGAUAGAUGAAAUUUUCAGGCUGUACUUUACGCACUAUUCCCAACAUCUGCCCGUCCUCGACCCCAAUAUCUCACCAAAUGGCUACUAUGAUCAGUCGCCGCUCCUCUUCUGGGCUAUUAUUGGCGUGGGCGUACGUAGAUACACCGCCAAUCCAACGCUGCUGGGUUCUCUGGCCGAGCGGAUCGUGCACCUUGCCUCGCCCCUAUUACAUCCCACGCCGGCUGUCAUUCCAGCUAUCCAGGGUCUCUUACUACUAUCUUCGUUUCCCUUCCCCACCGAUUCGACAUCAAAGGACACCUCCUACACAUUGUCUGGCAUGGCAAUCAAUCUAGCCUUGCAGAUCGGCCUUCAUGUGCCGACCUUUUCCCAAGACUACAGCAGAUCCAAAAUGACUCUCACUCAGGAGGAUAUUCAACGUCGUGUGCAGUUAUGGUUCCAUUGCAUCAUCGUUCACCAGAAAGCAGCUUGUGGGCUGGGUUACCCAAUCAUGGUAUCACCGGACCGAUUGCAAAAGCAGAUGGACCUUCGCGGUCUUUUGGACUCAGUUCCCCCUUUCUUGCUGUUUGAGAUGAGACAAGGCAGUCUUCUCAGCCGCAUCAACACCCUCUUCUCCCCGUCAACGUUCCGCGUCGAAGAUACGCAGGACAAACACUCGCAAUUCGCCCGCGAAAUGAUGUCGGAUACAUUUGAGAACCAACUCGACGAGCUCGAGUCGGAACGGAAAUUAACCGAUCUAGAGCAGCUCUAUGUCAACAUAACCCGGCUGCAACUCCGAGUCCACUGCCUCCAAGAUCGAGAGAACCCGGCCACCAGCGUCAAGGUUGCACAACUAGGUCUGGCCGCGACCUCGAUCAUCGAGGGGAUCGAACAGCUCGAGGUACAAAUGUCCCUGAUCCAACACUGUCCUCACUACAUCUUCCGCAUGACGGCCCUCGCUGCGUCCGUCCUCCUCCGUCUCUCGAAGCAGCAGCAGCCUAGACCUAGGGCGCGUGGCUCCGACGCAGACCAUCAUCGCCAACAGAACGUCGCCGCCAGUAAACAGUACAAACCGUAUUUCUUCCAAACCAUCUCCCUCCUGAAGAGGAUGUCGGUCGAGAGCAACGACAUGCCCAGCCGCAUGGCCAAGAUCUUCUCGCAACUCUGGAGCAUCGACAAAAUCUUCGAGCACACCACUUCCUCACCACCAACGACCAGUGACGGCACUGGUACUAGCCCCUCCUCGGCAGCUGCACCACCAGCAUCGUCCCCACUCGUCGUUCAGAGCAGGCUAUCCAUGAGCGUCCUGCACGACUGCAUGUGGCGCUGGAAGGACCGUUUCCGCUGGGCGGCGACAAAUGGAAGCCAGACGAGAACCGCGAUAGACUCAUCAUCGGCGGACAGAAACACCAGCCACAGCAACGGUAGCCUUCCCAAUUCACAUCAGCACCCACCAGUAUCAAGACCUGUCUCUACAAUGCCGCCGACGCCCACUGGCUUCUCGACAUCCUACAACAUGCCACCUGACACUGCAAAUGCCGCCGAAAUGGUCACAGCCGAUACCAAUUUCCACAGCACGAUGACGAUGCCGUUUGCAGACAGCUUUUCGCCCCUGGGGACCCUGCCUUGGGAUGCUGCGGCAAACCAAGAUUUUGAAAUGAUGAUCCACAGGUUUCCUGAAUCAUGGCCGGUGUGACAUGGCGAAUAAUCUCGAGCAAUUAAGAUAUUAUAUUCUGAAUCUACAACGCCUCGCAUUCAAUGCUCGAUCUUACGCUGUCUGUCAAUCAGAUUCAUGCAGCACAAUGCGCCGAUACUAUCACGCAAGGCCGCUAUCAUAUCACUUGCCUUUCAUUACACAGCAACUCUCAUGUCAAGAAUGUUACU